GACAAGCUAGCUGACAACGCAGCGAGAAGGAGAUUGGUGCGGAACGACGCGAUUGGGCACGCCGUGAACGAUCUCGAAAUUGAUCUGCGGAUCCGAGCGGUGAAUCUGACGGCACCCCAGGACCCGUUGCUGAUGCAGAGGUUACUACUCGCGGCAGACCUUCUUCUUGAACGGUAUCAAAAGCGCACCGGACACGUAUCAGAUAUAGAACGUGCAGUCACCUUGGUAGACCGAGUCGGCUCGGCCAUCAGCGAGACACAUGGGCUGUUCUCAGACCAUCUCUUGAUCUACGGACGUGCUCAUCUCGCCGUCUUCGAGGCUACGCAAAACUCCAUCGAGCUCGACAAAGCCAUCACAGAGUUGGAAGCAUACCAACGCGUGGUGGGCGGACACCCAGAGCUACUCCAGCUCCACGGGAAUCUUCUGUUGCAGCGAUUCCGGAAUGUUGGAGACGAACAAGAUCUCCGAACUGGCAUCGACCGAGCCCGAGCUGUUCAAACCCUCCAAGGCGUCGAGACCGACACUCAGAUAUACGCCCUUUCCAAUCUCUCCGAGUCUCUGCCAUUCUUGCUUGAUUUUGGGGCCGAGGAUGGGGAUGCGCACUUGGACAACGCGGUUGAAAUGGGCCUGAGGGCAAAGGAACUGGCUCAACGUGAAGACUGCGGGAUAUCAGAUAUAUCCUUCGUCUACGGAGCGCUUGCUCUGGCCCAGUACUACCGUUAUCAACCAAGAAGGGAACCGACGGACCUGGAAGAUUCGCUAGCCAAUGGAAAGACCGCGGUAGAUCUUGUAACGGAGCGCAGCCCCGACAAAGUAAGAUGGCUGAACAAUCUUGGCUUGGCCCAUGUCGCGGAAUUUCGCAUCUCAGCCAAGGACUCUAGCCUAGAUGAAGCUGCCAGGUUGUUCGAAGAGGCAGUCACACUCUCCUUGGAAGGCAGCAAGUCCCGUCUGAUUAGCCUGAGCAACCUGGCAGAUGCGCUCGGCCUCAGGUUCGAAUGGACCGGGGAGAUGGAAGCCCUGGAUAUCGCUGUCUCGCGGUACCGGACCUUGGCCAGUCUGGAGAAUACAAACGCCACUGAGUGGGCUGUCAGUCUACAGAAUCUUGGAAAUAUCCUGCUCCACGCUUACGGCUGUCACUUGCGCGGCGAGCUCCUUGACGAAGCCGUGGAAGCCCUCGAGCGAGCACUCGCCAAGUACCCGAAAGGUCAUACAGAGAGCGUUGUCACCCACUCCUUACUCUGCAACGCCCUGGCCAUCCGAAGCUGGCAGCCGAACAGGAAACCGGAGAUACUCUUGGCCAUUGACCAUGGCGAGAAGGCAGCGCUGCUAGCUGGCCCGGAUCACCCGCACGGCGCCCAUCUCCGGCAUAUUCUGUCGCAGGCGUACCUCAAUAAAUGGGACGCAGGAGGCUGUCAGGACGACCAAGAUCUGGUGAAAGCAUUCGACCACUCAGAACAAUGUCUCAGAUUGGCACCGCCAGACGCGCAGGAUCGAGCGUUAUACCUUUUGUGCCACGGCAAUCUGCUUGCUGCACAGAUACUGGGCAAGGAUCCAGAGAUUGGUCGGAUAGCUGUUCCUCCUGCCUUUGCCGAGCCCCUCCGCAAUUACAAAGAAGCGGUCGAGUCGCCGAACGGCCUGCCAUUGCUACGAAUUCGGGCAGCUCGAAAGGCAAUUAGGAUCCUCGGGGGCCUGGACAGGUGGGAAGAGGCCGUGCCCGUCGGCCGGGAAGCCAUGCGGCUGCUGUCGCUGGCCUGCGGAAGGUAUCUGUCCUUACAGGACCAGCAGCAGGUCAUUUCAGAAACCUCGGGCUUGGCCUCUGAGAUCUGCUCCCUGAUGCUGCAGGUAGGCAAGGCUGAGGAGGCGCUUCAACAGCUCGAGGCAGGGAGAGCCAUGCUCCUCGGGUUUGCCAUGGAAAAGAGCGACGAAGCAACGGCGUUGAAAGCAACGGACAAGGACCUUGCCAAGGAGUUGGAAGACAUCAAGGCAAAGCUGCGCAUCUCUCCCGACCUUCAAGGUCGUCGUCUCGGAGAGAUCAAAUUGCGGGAGAGGAGGGCUGCUGAGGUCGACCUCAAGAAUUGCCUCGACAAAAUCAGGAGCCUCCCAGGCCACCAGGACUUCCUGCUCGAACCGCCCCUUGACCACAUGAAGUCGUGCUCCAAGGACGGCGCUGUUGUCCUGGUGAAUAUCAGCUACAUGAGAAGUGACGCCAUCAUUCUUGUCGACGAAGGCAUACGGGUUGUGCCGCUCUCAAAGCUGCAGCUCGAGAAGGCAGUCGACUUUGGCGUAAAGCUCAUUGCAGGCUUCUCGACUGUGGAUUUCCCCGUCAAGAGAGCAUACGAAGUACUCUCUAGAAAAGUUCCCAAACAGCCCUCGAGACAAGAUGCAUCGUCAGACUUCCUGAGCUGGCUAUGGGACAGCUGUGUACAGCCCAUUUUUAAUGAGCUGAGAAAGUGUGGUGCCGUGAAGACUGCGGAUGACAAGCUGCCUCUGGACCCCCUGCCCCGAAUUUGGUGGAUCGGAUCCGGGUUGGCAGCUGGCUUCCCGUUCCAUGCCGCUGCCGCUUCGGAGUCUGGCCAGGACGCACUGUGUCUGUCGGUCUCGUCCUAUGCGCCAUCGAUCAAGGCUCUCUUGCAUGCCCGACAGCGAUCUGCCCAGUCUCAAGCUCUGAGGAGCGCGAGCCACCAGACGAGACUCCACAUGACCGUCAUUACAAUGGAAACUACGCCCGGUGGUCAUGCACCCUUACCGGGAGUGAAGGAGGAGAAGGAGGUCGUCAUGGAUCUGGCAAAGGCUCUGGCCAAGGAGAAACUGAAGUGCACAGAUCUGCCACAGCCAAAUGUGGCAUGUGCACUAGAAGCUAUCGCCAAGAGCGACAUUGUCCACUUCGCCUGCCACGGUGAAGCGGACAGGAGAGAUCCGUCUCAGAGCCACCUUGUCUUGGAGAAGCCAUGCGCCGAGGACAAGACUAGCAAGGAGGUCGAUAAACUCACCGUGUCGCAUUUUCUGGCCCAGGACAACCUGCAGAAGGUGUGGAUCGCGUUUUUGUCUGCCUGCACGACAGCGUCCAUGGGUAGUUUCCGGCUUGGGGAUGAAGGCCUUCAUACGUCGGGGGCUCUACAGAUUGCAGGCUUCUCCCACGUCAUUGGAUCCUUGUGGAAGGUAGAAGAUGAGGUUGGGGUGCAUAUUGCCCGGGUCUUUUAUACGAGCCUGUUUGGUGUUGAGAAGGAUGCCCUGGACGACAGGGUGGUGGCCGUGGCUCUGCGAGAAGCCGUCAUGAAGACUCGAGAACGCUACCCAUCUUCAUGGACCAAGUGGGCGGCCUACAUCCAUUCGGGAGCUUGA